AUGACCCGAACCCAAGUUCCCUAUCCCUCUCCUGCUACCCUGAAGCGGUUCCCUCAUAUCAAUGACGAACCCUCAGCUCUGUCUCACAACCUUGACCCUUUCACCAUCACUACAAAGACAGGCUUCCUGCCCUACGAGACUGCCCCCACUGAGCUCCCAGAGGCCUUCAGUGCCCUGCUCUCGCUUGUGAACCGUCUCCCUGUCGUCAGGCUGGAUGGCAAGCCCGGUCUACUGGCCACAUACGAGCUUGGUCCUGCCGUUCAGACUGAGCUCACUGACUUAACCCAUGAGGUUGAGAAGCUUCUUCUACCAGAUGGUUCAUAUGACCGGUUUACCAUCGCUGCCGUCUUCCGUGAUUACACCUUCCUGGCCUCAUCUUACCUGCUUGAGCCUUGCUGGGAGCACUGGAACAAGGAUCCCGCAGGUGGAUACGGACUUGGUCGUGACGUCCUCCCCAAGUCUGUGGCUCGACCUAUGUAUCGUUGUGCUGAGAUCCUGAACCUUCCCCCUUUCAUGUCAUAUGCUGCCUCAUAUGCCCUCUUCAACUAUACAGUUGAAGAUCCUGCCAAGGGUCUCAACGAGUACUCCAACCUUCGUUUGAUCCGUUCCUUUGAGAGAGGUCUUGACCCUAAGAGCUCUGAGGCUGGUUUCAUUCUGACCCACGUCGACAUGGUCAAGGAGACUGGCCCUCUCAUUGCCGGUGCUUUGAAGGUUGUUGACUCUCUGGAGCAGCGUGGAUCUCGUCAGGAGGUUAACGAUGGCUUCCGCGAGAUCCUGAAGUCGAUGGAGAAGAUCGAAGCUUCCAUGGAAGACAUGUGGGGCAACUCGAAGCCAUCAGAAUAUCUCUCAUUCCGCGUCUUCAUCUUCGGUAUCACCAACCAAUCCAUGUUCCCCAAUGGUGUCAUCUACGAAGGUUGUGAAGAUGACAAACCUCUCAACUUCCGUGGCGAGAGUGGUGCCAAUGACAGUAUCAUUCCCCUGCUUGAUCACCUCUGCGAGAUCCCAAUGCCCGAGACCCCCCUCACCAAGAUUCUUCACGAGUUCCGCGCCUACCGCCCUCUCCCCCAUCGCAAGUUCCUAACAUAUAUUCGCGAGAAGUCCGAGGAGAUCGGCGUCCAGAAUUAUGCAGUGCAAGACUCCGAGACCGCUGUCUUGUUCCUGCGUACUCUCAACCACAUUCGCAGCUUCCGCUGGCGCCACUGGCUCUUCGCCCGCGAAUACAUCAUCCGCCGUACUCCUCACCCCACUGCCACAGGUGGUAGCCCCAUUGUUACUUGGUUGCCUAACCAGUUAGCGGCUGUUAUGGAGCUAAUGAUCAAGAUCUAUGAUACCCAUCUUGCACCUAAGGAGGGUGCUGCAGUCAAUGACAAUGAAGAUCUUAUUGCUUCACAUAGAAAGCAGGUCGAGCCCAUGAUGGAGCUUGUUCGGGAUCAGAAGGACAAGCUGGCUCGGGAGGUUGAGCGGUGGUGCCAAGAGCGUGGUGUCUAG